AUGCGGACUGAUAGGCGCCCAUACCUUGACGAGCUCAUCGCGAAAGCGAGGGCUGACCCACUAACAGUACUGGCUGCAACUGAUGGCUCUGUCCCUCAGUCCAACCAGUAUCAGGCGGCUUUGGCUGCCAUCAUAUACAAGGGACACCGUGAGCUUGAAAGGACUCGCUAUGUCUCUGGCAGAGUUACUGCCCCUGAUGCGGAACUCAAUGCCAUCUCGUGUGCAGUGCGCCUUGCUGUUAAGCAGGCAAACUGCCAACAUAUUAUGGUCUUUACUGACUCUAUGGGCUCGGCCCAUAGAGCGGUCGACCCUUCCGUGCACUCUGGUCAGACUUUUAGCCUGUCAGGUUGUCGCAUUCUCCAAGAGUGGUUCAAAGCGGAUGACCUCCGCCGCAUCACCUUUGUCUACGUCCCAUCUGCUCUGCGGUGGGAUAUCUAUGGUGAGGCACACAAGUACGUCACCGAACUCAAAGUCAGGGUUGGACGUCGCAGGACGGACAACUCUAUAGACGCGCUGCGCUCCUGA